AUGAGAAAUCCGCAUCCUGGAUCCUUUGAGAAUCGGUCCUUUGGUGGUUUCCCUGCAGAUUCACGUCAUCUUCACGCAAAUGCCCCUCUUCUCUUCCUCGCCCAAGACUUCCUCCGUCUCGAGUCGCAGCGAGAUAACCGUUAUCCACCAGUGAGCGGAUGCAUCAAUAUAUUGAGGAUGUCGAAGCAGGCAAUGAUAAACCCCUCGCUUGAAUCCCUCGCCUCACCUUCCACCCUUCCCACCACCCGAUAUAGCCCUUCUCCAGUCGUUCCCACCAAAAACUCUGAACCUGGGAGGCAGUUUUCUGUCAUGUCAGACGACUCCAUCUGUGGCGCUGGUAACAUUUCGGUAUCAGGAUGUCUUGGUGACAAUGUCACUCUGUUCCCAGCCUCAACCCCACUGUGUAUACUUCCGCGCGCUUCGCAACCUCACUUCCCCGACCCUGGACCUGGUCUCUAA